AUGAAGACUUCCAGACAGACCACCUACUCCAUGCAUUCAUCCAGCGGCAGCAGCCGGCCAGGAGGCAUCUCCCUCAGCCGCACCUCGGCCCCCGUCUACAGGGCCUCCACCAUCCACGGAGGGGCCGGAGGAGCCCGCAUCAGUGUCAGCUCAGCCAGCUCUCUGAGGUCCUCCAUGGGCUCUGGGGCCGGAGCAGGGAUGGGAGGCUUUUCCAGCAAUGUCCAGGUCGGUGGGAACAGUGCCGACAUCAUGGGCAAUGAGAAGUUCGCCAUGCAGAAUCUGAACGACCGAUUGGCCAAUUACCUGGAGACUGUGCGCAACCUGGAGCAGGCCAACCAGAAGCUGGAGAUCAAGAUCAAGGAGGCUCUGUCCAAGAGUGGGCCCGACUUCAGAGACUACAGCAAGUACCAGGUCAUUCUGGACGACCUGAGGAAGAAGGUGUUUGAUGCCACCACUGACAACGCUCGCCUGAUCUUGAACAUCGACAACGCCCGAUUGGCUGCAGAUGACUUCAGAGUAAAAUUCGAGUCCGAGUUGGCGAUCCGUCAGUCUGUGGAGGCGGACAUUGUUGGUCUGAGGAAAGUGAUCGAUGACACAAACAUGACCCGAAUGAAUCUAGAAAGUGAGAUCGAAGGCCUGAAGGAGGAGCUCAUUCAUCUGAAGAAGAACCACGAAAACGAGGUGAGGGAGCUGCGUAAACAGAUCGCCCAAUCAGGUGUCCACGUGGACGUCGAUGCCCCCAAAGGCCAGGACCUGUCCCAGAUCAUGGCGGAGAUCCGAGCCAAGUACGAGCAGAUGGCGAAGAAGAACCAAGACGAGCUGAAGGCAUGGCACGAGUCUCAGAUAACAGAGGUGCAGAGUCAGGUGGUGCAGAACACAGAGGCUCUGAAGGGAGCACAGACCGAAGUCAACGACCUCCGCAGACAGGUCCAGACGCUGGAGAUCGAGCUGGAGUCUCAGAGGAGCCUGAAAAUGUCUUUGGAAGGAACGCUGAGGGACACGGAGAUGCGCUACAGCAUGGAGAUGGAGGCUUCGAACAACGUGGUGUUGGGGCUGGAGGCAGAGCUCACACAGCUGAGGAACAGCAUCCAGCUGCAGACACAAGACUACGAGGCGCUGCUCAACACAAAGAUGAAGCUGGAGGCUGAGAUCGCCACGUACAGGAGGCUGCUGGACGGAGAGGACUUCAGCCUUCAAGACGCUCUGCAGGAGAAGACAGUGAAGACCAAAGUGAUGACCGUGACGCAGACGCUGGUGGACGGGAAAGUGGUCUCUUCAAGCACAGAAACCAAGAAUCUUUGA